CGACCUGAGCAGUGUCUGAAACUUUUUUUUAAACCUGGAUUAAAUUAGUAUUCUUAGAUUAAAUAUUUGUUAAAUAAAAUGGGGAUAGCAACAAUCUUUGUUCUCUGCAGCUUUGCAGUGGGUGUAGCUCCGAGUGGGGUCACGUUUGAGUCGGACGUGCCCUUCCUGGAAAAGGCCCUCUCUCAGGACGCUGACCUGGAGUGCUGCUACACCACCGAGGAGAGACACCCAAAAUUUGUUUGGGUCAAAAGUUUUCACAAUGUCAAUGUUACCAUCGGCCCCCACGCUGUGAAUCGUUCAGGCCAUGUGAUUAAAUCUGAGAAACAUUGUAGCACCCUGAGCUUGACAUCGGUCCAGUUGAAUGACUCCGGCCUGUACCAGUGUCGGCUGAAAGGCAGUGAAGUCUCCUCUCAUGGCACCUACCUGCAUGUCUACAAACCACAGGAGAAGACACUGAACCUCAGAGAAAGCACCAAAAACAACAUCCUGAUUGUUGAGGGAGUCCUGCUCUUCCUGUGUGUGCUGUUGCCAUCGGCCGCCCUUUUCUCCAAGUCAAUGAAACUCCAUGAACUACAGAAGAAGAAGGCGCAGAGGGAAGAGGAAAACAUAUAUCAGGGGCUCAAUCUGGACGACUGUUGCGACCAAUACGAUCAGAUCGAGCGGUCCCAGGACCGUGGCCCGUACGAGGACGUGUGCAACAUAAUGGAGGAAGAGGAGGAGAUCCAGCUGGAGAAACCCUGAGGGAAGAAAGGGGAGAGAAAGAGGAGGGGAAAGAUGAUAUAGAAAGUGUGGAAUCUAUUUUCAGAGCUUUUUAAAAAAGAUAUAGCCUGCAGUUAAACUUAUAACAUCAAACAAGUAUUAUUAUUAACAACAGAUUUUUUAAUCUGCUUUUGACCUCAGAUAUAAAAGUUGCUAAUCAGAGCUUUUCAUGUGGCACAUGAUCUGCCUCAGGGAAAUAACCUUUACUCAACUUUAACACCAAAAUGUACGAAAAGUACAAAAGAGUUUUAAGAUCUACAAUUUCAUCACAUCUGCUGCUGUCAUGUGAGUAAAGGCUGCAGAACGGAUUCUGAAGGAAGCUUGGGAUGAGGUUGUUUUGUUUUAUCAGCUUCUUUAAUGUUUAUAAAAAAUAUAUGUAAGGUCUAUAUACAUUAAACUCAAUGCCUUAAUUGGUUGAACUAUAUGGCCAAAAAUGAUCUAGGUAAAAGUUUUCAUAUCAGUUGAUAUUGAUAAUUAUCACAAUAUAUGUCACAAUGUUAUUUCUUGUAAGUUUAAAGUCUGAUUUCUUCUUUAUGGACAGAAAAUAACAAACACUUGACAACAGCAAAACAUUUGUACAAAUCUGAAGUAGAUCAAUGAUUGUGUCAGACGUCAUGAGUUUGCAAAAUGCAGAAACAACAAAUCCUUACUUCCUGGACUUGUUGUAUAGCUAUAGAUGAAAAUCAUAUUGUAUUAAUUAUUGAUAGUUUUGUGUUCAGCUUAUUCCAUGCAUUUUACUCCAUGCAUUUCCACAUUGUAUUUGCUUGUUGCUAUUGCUGAGAGUGCUCAAAGAAUAAAAUUGUGUGAAAAAAUA